UCCUGCACUGUCUGUGGACUGAGCCGCUUGGUGCCGACGUCUCCGUGCCAGCCGGGUGCAGCCAGCGAGACGGAGAGUGGGCAGGCGGGAGCCCCCGUGGCGGGCUGCGCAGCACACGCCCGAGCCCCCAGCCAUGGCGGAUAAAUGCAGCGGGGGGUUACUGAAUGGCGCCGUCCCCGGAGAGGCGACCAAGCGAGACGAGAACGUGAAACGGGGCAACUGGACGAACCAGAUUGAGUUUGUGCUGACGAGCGUGGGCUACGCCGUGGGGCUGGGCAACGUGUGGCGCUUCCCCUACCUCUGCUACCGCAACGGGGGAGGAGCCUUCAUGUUCCCCUACUUCAUCAUGCUGGUCUUCUGCGGCAUCCCCCUCUUCUUCAUGGAGCUCUCCUUCGGGCAGUUCGCCAGCCAGGGCUGCCUGGGCGUCUGGAGGAUCAGCCCCAUGUUCAAAGGAGCAAGGCAGGAGGGGGAGCAGGUGGCAGGGAGCCGCACUGGCCCCUCUCCCAGCCACGCUGCCCCCCGGGAGCCCUGCGAGCGCCCACAGAAUGAGCCCUGGCCCAGCUGGAGCUGA